AUGAAAAGAAGCCAUACAGAUUCUGUCGAGGAACGCUAUGAGAUGUAUAAGGAGGGAAAGCGGUCAGCAAAUGAAGAGAAAGCUUGGAAGUGGGAUCAUUAUUUUGGAAAUUACCCAAAAUCUAUCAGAGACAAUAUUCAAAUGGAUUCUGUGGCUCUCUAUAGCGUCACUGUGGAUUCGGCUGCAGACACCAUAACUCAGAUAAUCAGCGACUAUCUUCCGCCCUUCGCGAGCGUGUGCGAUGCAACCGCAUGCACCGGAGGUAACACAUUUUCCUUUGGAAAGUAUUUCACAAAUGUAACUUCUGUGGAAAUAAACAAGGAGCGGUGUGAAAUGCUGCAGAACAACGUCAAUCUCUUGGGUCUUUCCAGCCGUGUUCACUGUCUUAACAAGGAUUUUUUGAAUUACAUGAAAGAGAUGCCCUAUGUUGACUUUAUCUUUUUUGACCCACCAUGGGGAGGAGAAGACUAUCUUCGAGAAUCAAAUCUCAAAAUGUACUUGUCUGACCGAAACAUCGAAGACGUCGUAGAGGAUCUGAAACACAAGGCACGAUACAUUGGCUUGAAGUAUCCCCAGAACUUUGACAUUACUUCCUUUGAGAAUCACAUCUCCGCAACUCCUAUCAAAGAGAAAAAGUUCAUUAUAAGCAAUCGGAAGCAUACUUACUGGAAAUUCUCCUUGUACGAAUUUCAUUCCGACUUCUGUGAAGCGUGUGUUUUUUACAUAAUGAGUAGAUGGAAGUCUGCUUCACAUGCUUCCACCUUCUAUUCCACGACACACUUUGUUAAAGUUGCAAAUAUCACCUUUGUAUUGCUCACAAUCCCCGUCAUACGCAGAGGCGAAUUACCUUUGCAAGCUCUUAGAAGCGAGUUUCGGAAAGAGUCUCGACACUCUGAUUGA